AUGGGAUCAGUGGAGGAGCGGCGUGGCGCAGUGGAAAUCGAAAGGGAACACGCGGAACAGGCCAACUUUGGUUUCAAUUUAGACCUAGGCGACCAAGCGCUCCAGAGUUUCCAUGGCCCGCCCGUGGAAGUGGAGUUGGAGGUGGACGAGAGGAGAGAGUCCCGCUGGGUCAACCACCCGAUGGGUGCUGAUCCAGAUCCCGGUGACACUAUCUGGAAUGCGGUGCCCGAGAUGUCUACUGACGACGACACUUCUGACGAUGGCGAAGCCCUCUACCGUGGCCAAGUGAUAGACGAGGCGAAGGAGACAAAUUGCCCAGGAAAAAACUACUCGAUUGGAGAAGCAAAGAGAAUGGAAAACAUAUGGUUAACGAAUCUAGUGAGAAAGAAUGAAGAAUAUUCCAAAUUGCGUCAGCAGAUUGAUGACCUUCCUUUUCCUUUGAGAGUACUCCCUGCUGCAACUUGUCUAUGUGCCCGGAGGGGCUACUGCUACCACCGUAAAUACAUGACCCAUGAUACCUCUACAACUGCACCAGUUCUUGGAUAUCGUGAACCAGCAGAGAUGCUACAGAUCUUCUCUUUGUGUUUGUCGUGCUCUGAGGUAUCUUAUCCCAUUAGUGUUUAUGGAAUACUCGCUGUCCGGGAUGACCUGGAGCCGCUGAGGAAUCAUCUGUUUUGCCGUUCAAGAGAUGAUGCUGUCAUGAUUGAGCAGGAUUCCUUCACCUUACCUAUUUGCACCCCUUGUCGAGGAAUGUAUGUACUGGAGCAUGCAUUACUAGAAGUUGAUCUUUGGGUAAAGAAGGAAGGGGAUGGAUCAGCGGACAAACAAUUACUUUCUGCCUAUGUUGAGAUUUUUGUCCGCUCAGAUUUUGAUUUCAUGCUGAAGGGACAAAUUUCUAGUGACAGUUGCACCUUGGAAAUAGACCACAUGUUCCUUUCAGAGAGUGUUGAGGCCGUGAUAGAAGUCUUUGCAAAGUCUGGCCAUCCUCAUCACAUGAGGUUUUCCGCUUUCAGCAGUGGCUUCGAUCAUGAGAUUGUGAUGUUUGAUGACAAAUGCUGUAUGAAUGAGAAAAUACUCAAGCAUGUCGUUGCGGUGAAGUCAAAGGGAAAACUAGACGUUCACUUGAAAAUUGAGAAAUCACUAUUUUGUUGGACUUUUCAGGAUGGAGUUGUUGGACCUGUUACUUCUCCAGAUGACUUGAUUUCAGUGUAUGGCCAGUUUCGUGUGAGGGUAUUUUUCGCUCCAAAGGACAUGCAACCCAGCUCUGGUCCAACAUAUCGUGAUUGGCUGAAGGUUGAUCCCAUGCUGUAAUGAGAACUCGUGGCAAGAU